CGGGCACGGAGCAAAGCUGCACCUCUACUGGGGCUCGGCCAGACUGCAAAGCUGCACCUCUACCGGGGCUCGGCGAGACCGCAAAGCUGCACCCCUACCUGGGCUCACUGAGACCGCCGCUUGGAAAAAAACGCAGCUAUGCUGCUGUGAACAGAAAUGCAUUGAAAGUGUGUUUCUGAGAUAUCCCAGCAGCCCGUCUGAGACACCAGCAGAAAGACAAGCCUUGAAAGACAUCUCAGCUCAUGUCAAAGUCCUGAGUGGGAAGGGGGGUGAUAGCCAGUGAAGACACAGCGAUCAGGAGAAGCGCACUCAGCCCCGCCUGGCCCCGCCCUCUCGGAGCCAUGGCCUUCACCCUGUCAGAGAUCAUGGCGGUGCGGAGACAGCAGAGGGGCGGGGGAGUGGCUGUGGACGAGUACAGCACCAACCCAACCCAGGCCUUCACCUUCUACAACAUCAACCAGGGCCGCUUCCAGCCGCCGCACGUACACAUGGUGGAGCCCCUGCCCCAUGAUGCCCCAAAACUGCCCGGUUAUACCCGCUUCGUCUGCAUCUCGGACACCCACUCCCGCACCGACUCCAUCCACAUGCCGUUCGGCGACGUGUUCAUCCAUGCCGGGGACUUCACCGAGCUCGGCCUGCCCAGCGAGGUCAAGAAGUUCAACGAUUGGCUAGGUACCUUGCCCUACGAGAUAAAGAUUGUGAUUGCCGGGAACCACGAGCUGACCUUUGACCAGGAGUUCAUGGCCGACCUGGUGAAGCAGGACUUCUACUACUUCCCGUCGGCCUCCAAGCUGAAGAGGGAGAGCUACGAGAACGUGCGGGCCCGGCUCACCAACUGCAUCUACCUGCAGGACUCCCAGGUCACUGUCAGGGGCCUGCGCAUCUACGGGACCCCAUGGCAACCUUGGUAUUAUGGCUGGGGUUUUAACCUCCCUCGAGGUCAAGCCUUGCUAGACAAGUGGAACCAAAUUCCCGAUGACACCGACAUCCUCAUCACACACUGCCCCCCACUGGGGUUCCUGGACUGGGUUCCAGGGAAGAUGCAGAGGGUGGGGUGUGUGGAGCUGCUGAACACAGUGCAAAGGAGAGUGCAGCCCAAACUGCACGUGUUUGGACACAUCCACGAAGGCUACGGAAUGAUGACAGAUGGCAUCACAUCCUAUAUCAACGCCUCGGCCUGCACCGUCAACUUUCAGCCCAUGAACCCGCCCAUCGUGUUUGACCUGCCCACGUCCAGGAGCACAUGACUGAGGAAGCUCCGCCCCCCUGCCCCACCCCCAUGGACCUUAUGCAGCGGCUGGAACGUGGGCGGGGGAGGGAGGGGAAAGGUGGGAUGUACCCACAUUCUGACUGUCUCAGCUGGUCCUGCUAUGGAUUCCACACCUGCGCUUGUGUUGGAUCCUGUUGCCUUUUUAUUCAUUUCAAACAUAAAAAACCGCACAGCAAAACAGCCUCCCUCUGGGAUGUUCUAGAACUUUCUCUGCACGCCUUCUGUGCUUCAUUCCUUCACAAUCUCUUGCUGAGGUUGUGACAACAGGGAGCUAACAAUGAUGUACCUCUCUCUCUCUAUCCAUCUCUCUCUCUGUUCCUUUCGAUACCCCCCGUUUUUCUCUGUUACUUUCUCUCUGUGCUCUCUCUCUCUCAAUCUACCAGGGCCCUUCCACCACUCUUUCAAAUUUUAUUUUCAUUUUUACUUUGGUGGGUGCCCUGAGCGUGUAUAAACUGCAUUUCCCCCAAAACCCCCUGCACCUACCCCUUUGUGCCCCCCUGCACCCACCCUUCUGGGGCCCCCUGCACCCGCCACUCUGAACCCCCCUGCAGUCGCCCCUCUGAGCGCGGAACUGCGGAACUGUGGAACCAAACUUUCCAAGUUCUGGAAUUCACCAUUGGCUGCUCAGAGUGUAGCAAAUGGUGUCUGAUUUUGAGCCACAACAGCAGUGUAACUCCUCCUUACAUGAAGGUAGUGGUACCGGAGAUUGUCACGUGUGUUUGGGCAUGGCCCACAGGCCUGAAAGUAUGCGGGUGAAAGCAGAGUGGGUGGCCGGGCAGGCAGAGGAACCACAUUCUCAGUCUGGGACAAAACUGAAUGUCAAAUGCUCUGACACUCCCCUUAAACUGGGGUUCAUUUCCAGCAGCUUCUUACAGGCUGGAAAAUGUGUGAGCACAGUUAAACUGUAAUGGGAAUGUGUGAGCACAGUUAAACUGUAAUGGGAAUGUGUGAGCACAGUUAAACUGUAAUGGCAAUGUGUUGGCACAGUUAAACUGUAAUGGAAAUGUGUUGGCACAGUUAACUGUAAAGGAAAUGUGUUGGCACAGUUAAACUGUAAUGGAAAUGUGCGCUUGCACUGUUUCUUUUUUCUUCGGAAAGACUUGAAAUAUUCUGCGUGUUACAAGUGAGCCACUGUAAACUCCUACUGCUGAGAACAGUUUUAUUGGAUGAGAAUGUCACACGAAUUGUGCAAAGUUAUAGUAUUUAUUGCAGCAUUUUCUAAUGGUUGUCCUUACUUGUUUGAACAGUGUUCUUUUGCUGUGUUUUCAGAUAAUUUAAUACUUUAAAUUGCCUGCUCUUUAAAAUAUGUUUAGGUGAACAUCCUUCUGAAACUCAGAGUACAUUAUCUCUCUGUGUGGGUAACAUACUGACUCUUGUUGGAUUUGAAUCUCAGUGUGUCCUCUGUUUCAGUUUGAUUUAAAGUCUCGAUAGCCUCCUGGCGAUAAUAUAUUCCUGCGGGUUUUACAUAAAUUUUCAUCCGUAAUGAUCAUUGUAUUGGAUUAAUAUUUAAUGCCGUCAAAGUGAUGGGAAUGUUGAUGUCUUUUUUCUCAAGAUGAAUGAGUACAAUUACCAGACAAUGUACAGUACAAACUUGCAAUAAUCAUAAGGCACUGUGAGAUUAUGCAGCACGAAUCCUACUUAGGUCCAAUAUUAGCUUUGAGUUAAUCAGCAAAGUAACUAGCGGAGAGUCCCAAUAGUGCUCCUUUCAUUACGCGCUCAAGGUUCGCAGCUCUCUCAGAGUUUCAGAAAUGUUUUUACAGUAACACUGAGAACAAGAACACUUCAGAUCAGACCCAUAUGCUUGUGUUCUUGAUGAAAUGGACAAGGUCUUAAAGGGUUUCAAGUGCACCUUAUGUCCUCUUCCUGUGAGUUCCAAACUGUUACACAUCAUGGUUUGUUUCAGUGAUUGGCCGGUUGGGUAGGGUAGAAUGACUCAGUGAUUGGCUGGUUGGGAAUUAUGGGAUGUUCUGAUUGGCUGAUGGGGAAUUAUGGAAUGUGGAGAAGUAUGAAUGGUGGGGUUAUGGUAUGGGCAGGGAUUGGCUUAUGCAGUGCUGAGAAGAUUGUGGAGGAUGAUGAUAUUCUGUCCUGAAGGAGGCGCUAGAGAGCAUGAUCCAGAGGACAUGGCAGUGUGUCUGUCUGACAAAAAAUUUAACAGGAAAUGCAGGGUAAAUUAAAUUCCUGGAUUUAUUUUCUAAACUUUCCAUUAAACUUCAGUCAGGCUGUUUUAAAACAAGCUUUUGUAAAAUUGCUCUGUGUAUGAAAUGUUUAUUUUUCAUGUUUGUGUUUAAAUACUGCUCUUUUCUGAUUUGCUGUGUGUAGUUCCUGCUUCCUUUGAAUAUGUGCCCUGGGGGUGUUUCUCUUUCCUAUCCCUUCCUCAUUAGGCAUGUUAUAAAUCUCUCACCCGCUUUUUUGCGUUGUGUAUUUUGUCUGGAAUAUGCGAAUAAAACGGUUUGAUUUGG